AUGUUCACCUACUACAGUACCGUCUAUUGUGUAUCCAGCGCAGGGUCUUUUGGCGACGAUGCGUAUGCCUUGGCAAUGUUUCGCAACUCGCCCCAUCUGGACGUCAUCAAUGCAGCCAUUUCACAGCUUCAGAGUCAGGGCGAGAUGAUCAGUCUAAGAGCCAAGUACUUUACGCCAAGCAGCGCAACUCAGGCCGUCUGUAAGGACUCCUCAUUCGGACAGAUAUUCACGAGCAUAUUGUCCACCAAAUUUGUACCCACGAGCCGACUUUCCAUCAGCUCAGUGGAACUUUCCGGUAUCUUCGUGAUCGCCUUCCUCGGCCUAGCCGGGGCCCUGUUUGUGGCGGUGAUUGAGAGUCUCAUCAGACUCAUUCAGGUAGAAUUUAUUAUUUUUCAUCUCUUUUGCCCCGAUCCGCUGUUGGCACUCACGCAGGCCAUCCACUCGAGCAUUACGGACGGAUCAUGCUUUUAUUGGAUUUUGUCUUUCUUGAUUUGUCAUGUACCGGAUCUACAUUCUACGUCCUUUGUUUGUGUAGUUAAGCACGUUUUCUAUUCAACUAUUGUGGCAGCUCUUGCAGCCUGGAACGAAUGA